UCGGCGCGCAGGCGCUGCCCUCUGAACUGGAAUGGAAAGUAACUUCCGGUUGGAGUUACCCGGCCGGGGGCCCGCGACCCGCGGUGUGAGCGUGGCAGAAUCCAUGAUUCGGUGUCAUCAUAGCCUGUCAGUGAGAAGUUGAGGAACUAACUUCCCAGAGCCGAGGAGCGAACGGGCGGCCCGGCCGGGCGGGAAGAGCAAAAGAGACGCCGCCGCGUGAGACCCUAGACGACCUGUCAUUUACUACGUCCUUCAUAGUAAUGCUAAAGGACAAAGAGGAAUGGAUAAAAAUAUUGGUGAGCAACUCAAUAAAGCAUAUGAAGCCUUUCGUCAGGCAUGCAUGGAUAGAGAUACUGCAGUGAAAGAAUUACAGCAAAAGACUGAGAACUAUGAGCAGAGAAUACGUGAGCAACAGGAACAGCUGUCACUUCAACAAACUAUUAUUGACAAGCUAAAAUCACAGUUACUGCUUAUGAAUUCCAGUCGAGACAGCAGUUAUGCCUGUGUUCCUCCACUUGAUGAUGGUGAAACCAGGGAAAAUAAUCUGACUCUUGACCAGCCACAUGACCAAGUCAAAUCAGGAAUACCAAAAGAAAAGCAAUCAAAGGUCAGAAGACAAGAUGUUUCUUCCCCUAAAAAAGAAACUUCAUCAAGGAGUCCUGGCAGUCCUUUAGCCCAUGAAAGAGAUAAUUUAGAGAAGACUUUUUGGGCUCUGAAAGAAGAAUUUCAUAGAAUAUGUAUGCUAGCAAAAGCACAAAAGGACCACUUAAGCAAACUUAAUAUACCAGACAUUGCAAUUGAAACACAGUGCUCUGUACCUAUACAAUGUACAGAUAAAACAGAUAAACAAGAAGCGCUGUUUAAGCCUCAGGCUAAAGAUGAUAUAAAUAGAGGUUCAUCGUGUAUUACAUCUGUCGCACCAAGAGGACUAGGUCGAGACGAGGAAGACACCUCUUUUGAAUCACUUUCCAAAUUCAAUGUCAAGUUUCCACCUAUGGACAGUGACUCAACUUUCUUACAUAGCGCCACAGAGAAACCCAGCAUCCUUGCCCCUGCCACAUCUGAGGCAGUGUGCCCAAACAAAUUUAAUAUGGAGCUCAGAGACAACCGAGGAAACAUCGUUAAAACAGAAGAAACUUUAUUUGAAAUUCAGGGACUUGAUCCCAUAGCUUCAGCUAUACAAAACCUUAAAACAACUGACAAACCAAGACCCUCAAAUCAUAUAAACAAUUGCAUGAGGACAACUCUGGAUAGAGCUUUGUGUUUGCCACCUGGAGACCAUAAUGCAUUAUAUGUAAAUACAUUCCCACGUCAGGACCCAUCUGGUGCACCUUUUCCCUCACUGGAUUCCCCAGGAAAAGCUAUCCGAGGACCACAGCGGCCUCUUUGGAGCCCCUUUCCUAAUCAAGAUAGUGACUUACUGGCACAAAGCGACUCCGACUCAGAGCUGCAAGUACCUCGAGUGUGUGAAUUCUGUCAAGCAGUUUUCCCACCGUCCAUUAUGUCCAGGGGGGAUUUCCUCCGGCACCUUAAUUCACACUUCAAUGGGGAGACGUAAGGCAUCCUGAAGAACA